UGUGACGCAGCCGGAAGAAAUUCGGGCGAUCCUUCCUCUCAGUACAGCUUGCUGAUAUCUAGCUCCAUCACGAAUGCAUAGCAAAAACAAAUAUUAUAUCUACCAUUACAACAGCUUUGCUGGUGUUUCUGCAUCUGUUGUUCCAGUGGGAAGAUGUCGUCGGGCGGGGGAGGAUUCAGGACAUUAGUAGUAGCUGCAGCAGUGACUUGUGUCUGCUGGAUGCAACUCUUUGGCACAGGCAAAGAACUUUGAGGAUGUUCGCUGCAAGUGCAUCUGCCCGCCGUACAGGAACAUCACUGGCCACAUUUAUAACAGAAAUGUCUCCCAGAAGGAUUGUAACUGCCUCCAUGUAGUGGAGCCCAUGCCAGUGCCUGGCCAUGAUGUGGAAGCUUACUGCCUGUUGUGUGAGUGCAAGUACGAGGAGCGGAGCAGCAACACCAUCAAGGUAACUAUCAUCAUUUACCUGUCUGUUGUGGGCGCACUGCUGCUCUACAUGCUCUUCCUUCUACUCGUUGAUCCUCUUAUUCGCAAACAUGACCCCUACACCCAGCCGCUGCACAAUGAGGAGGAUGCAGAGGAGAUGCGCCCUCAGGUGGACGGCGCCAAAGCAAACACAGUGCUGGAGCGGGUUGAAGGAGCACAGCAGCGCUGGAAAAAGCAAGUUCAGGAGCAGCGCAAGACCGUUUUUGACCGCCACAAGAUGCUUAGUUAAACAUACAGCUGACCUCAAACCAGAUUUAGAGGAGGUAACUUUCCUGGGCUCAAUGCUUUUACACCUACACCAGCUGCAAUAUAACCUUCUACAUUCUCUCCAUUGCACCCUUUGAAUUAGUAGUUCCUCUUUAAGUCAUAUCUAAAAACACACCACACAAGCACAUCUAGGUCAUUGAUUAUAUCUGACACUGAGGACUAUGUUGGUGUUUAGGAAACCCAGCAUGUUAGCCCACUCCUAACAGCUAAAAAUCACGUCAAUCAUUUCAUCAAUUAGCAAUGCAACACUUUUUGAAUGUCAAUAACACCUUUGUCUAUUUAGUCAGACUGUGAAUAGCUUUAGUUUUUCUUGUUCUCUACUCGCUGAAUUGGCUUCAUGUGAGGCUUUUUUUUUCCUAGCAUUAUUUAUGAAGUUACCUCAGAGCAGGUACACCUAUAUGUCAAUGGUCCGUUGAGCUGUUGGGUAACAAAGAGAGAACCUAACUGUGCUGUUGCCAAGGAUUGCACCUUUCCUAGUUUAGCAUUGAAAAAACAUUUCUAAUGAUUGAAUUGUAUUUUAUUUAUUUUCUCCUAUUGUCGUGCAUUAAUAACUGGGGCAUUUUAGUAUCAUUUGCGCUUACAAAGAAAUUAAAGGAUUGCUAUUUUUGGGCUUUGUAUGUUUGAAGCUUUGAAAUAGCUACCGUUAACUUUUCCAGUUGCAAUAUAUUACUUUUUCUGUUCUCUCUUAUGUGGGUGAAUGUAUUAUUUUUUUAAAAAAAGGAUGUAAGUGUAUCCCAAAACAUCAUUAGGAGUAUAUUGUCCACUUGGAGACCAUUGUUGAGUCUAUAAAUGAAGUCUUUAAACUCUAAUUUACUGAGGAACCUGAUUGGAAAACAGAUUAUUGCUGUAGAUAGGCACACAGCCACACUGCUGUCCUGCAGUUUGAUGGAAUACACUUUCCUAUGCAAGGAGAGAAAUGGAGAACUGGGCAUUUAACUGAGCUUUAAAGCUUUCUUCAGCUGAAUCCAAUCUCUGCUGCUUGAGAAUGUCCCAGAUCAGUAGAGCUUCUGAUAAAGAAGUUACGUGUUGCAGAAUCCGGAUGCUUCAUGGUUUAAAGGAAGCUGUUGUGCAUCAUGAUAUGGAGCUUGAAUGUUUAAUGCAGCAAAGUCAAAUACACUGACUCUCAUUACCUUGGCACAUUGUGAACUACUGAAGGUAAUUAGCCUGUAAUGCUUUGUUUUACCACUGAAGUGUUUGAUUUGAGUAUCAUUUCUUAUCUCUGCUUUCUAUGUUUCGUAUUUAUAUUUAUCUCCAGCCUGAGUCAAGUUUUGCACUGCUCAUGUCUCUUUCAUUCAGCUUGAUGUGAAAUAAAAAGUAUACUCUGGA